CCGUCCAUCUCGAACUCGAACACGAAGCCAGGAAGGAGGCACGCAGAAGAAAAAAAGAAAAAAAAGCGCAACCAGAAAUAUCUCUCUCCGCCCCUGUUCCUUCGUUCGUUCCUCGGCGAGAUGUCGGCGAUCUCUCGCGCGAUCCGAGCCUGCGCGUCGCGGCGGAACCUGUCGGUGCAGGCGCCCGCGGCUGCGGCGGCGGGGGCGGGGUUGGCGGGGCGCAGGGCCGCAGCCGGGCGUGACGGCCGGGACCGUCGCGGCGGGGAGGAGAAGAAGGACGGGAGGCGCGUGCAGUGGGUGUUCCUGGGCUGCCCCGGGGUGGGCAAGGGCACCUACGCCAGCCGCCUCUCGCAGCUCCUCGACGUGCCCCACAUCGCCACCGGCGACCUCGUCCGCCUCGCGCUCGCCUCCCCCGGCCCCCUCGCCGACCAGCUUACUGAGAUCGUGAAUAAUGGAAAACUGGUGUCUGAUGAGAUCAUCAUAAAUCUGCUGUCAAAGCGCCUUGAGGAGGGAGAAGAAAAGGGUGAAUUGGGGUUCAUCCUUGAUGGUUUUCCUAGAACCAUAAGACAAGCGGAAAUACUGGAGGGAGUCACAGAUCUCGAUUUGGUGAUCAAUCUCAAACUUCGAGAAGAAGCUCUGCUUGCAAAAUGCAUUGGUAGAAGGACAUGCAGCCAGUGUGGAGGAAACUUCAAUGUGGCUUCCAUUGAUAUUGAGGGUGAGAAUGGCGGUCCUCGAAUGUAUAUGCCUCCACUACUACCUCCUCCGGAGUGUGAAUCAAAGCUAAUUUCCAGAGCAGAUGAUACCGAAGAGGUGGUAAAGGAGCGGUUGCGUGUUUACCAUGAUUUGAGUGAACCAGUGGAGGAAUUCUACAGAGCACGGGGGAAACUCUUGGAGUUCAAUUUACCAGGAGGAAUACCCGAGUCAUGGCCGAAGCUAUUGCAAGCGUUGAAUAUAGAAGACCCCGACAACAAGAGAUCUGCAGCAGCAUGAUUUUUUUGCGUUACAAACUCCUGUCAUACAUUUGUAGCCUGUGAGCUGUAUGUAGUUAAUCGAUAGAAAGUAGUUCAUUCAGGGUCUCGAUUUAUUUGAUCUGGAACUCAAUUGUAUAGUUGAUUGAUCGGUCAUUCAUCAUAAGAGUUCGAGGGCCGUGCUGGUUGUAGUCUUGAUUGUAUAGCCUCUUAUAUGUUUUGAGGAAGGUGAUAAAUAAUCUGACAUUUUGGAGACAUACUUUUGUAGUCUGCAGAUAAGCUUCUCGAGAGAACGCAGCAAGCAUUCUUAUUAAAUCAAUCACUAUGCUAUGUAAGCAACUGA